AUGAUGAUCGCUGCCGCCUUUCUGGUGCUGCUGAGGCCCUACAGUAUUCAAUGCGUGCUGCUUUUGCUCCUGCUUUUGCUCGGGACUAUUGCGACAAUUUUGUUUUUCUGCUGCUGGCAUCGCAGGCUCCGUAAUGGGAAGCAUCCCAUCAAAUCUGUGCUCUCCGGCGGACGCUCCAAGAGCCGCGUUGGUCUCCGAUCGCAUCAUUUUCGAUCAGAGGGUUUCAGGCACAGUCCACGUCACUUAAGAAGGAGCAUACAUGCUCGAGUGACAGAGGAAAAGCCCAAACUGGUUGAGGUUCCUGAGAGUGAACCUGACUCGUCCUCAACUCUGAGAAAACGUAAAGUGAAGAAGAGAGUUCCCACAGAGUUUUACCAAUCUGUGCAAGUCACUCCUACACGUAAAGCUAGCUCCAGUUCGGGGAACCCUUCCCUGCACUGCUCCAUGUCGUCCUCGGCGGAUAUAUCGGACGAGGAUGAUUACAGUGUUAAGUCCGGGUCGGCAUCGCCGGCCCCCGGGGACACUCUGCCCUGGAACCUGCCCAGACACGAGCGCUCCAAGAGGAAGAUCCAGGGGGGAUCCGUGCUGGAUCCGGCGGAGAGAGCGGUGCUCAGGAUCGCAGAUGAAAGAGACAGAGUGCAGAAGAAGACCUUUACAAAAUGGAUAAACCAGCAUCUGCUAAAGGUACGGAAGCAUAUAAAUGACCUGUACGAAGACUUGCGAGAUGGACAUAACCUGAUCUCACUCUUGGAGGUUUUGUCUGGAGACACACUGCCAAGGGAACGCGAUUUUCUGAAGACUUUGCGGUUGGUGAGUGGGACAGAAGCAUGUGCAGUUGAGCAGCAUGGAGACACAGUGGAUGAUGAUAAGGGGCCUCGGGAGAGAGGACGGAUGCGCUUCCACAGACUCCAGAAUGUACAAAUAGCACUGGAUUAUUUAAAACGGCGGCAGGUCAAACUUGUAAAUAUCAGGAAUGACGACAUCACAGACGGCAACCCAAAACUGACCCUGGGACUGAUCUGGACCAUCAUUUUGCACUUUCAGAUCUCGGAGAUCCAUGUGACAGGAGAGUCCGAGGACAUGACGGCCAAGGAGAGACUGCUGCUCUGGUCCAGGCAGAUGACAGAUGGCUAUGUGGGCGUACGAUGCGAUAACUUCACAACUUCCUGGAGGGAUGGGAGGCUAUUUAAUGCCAUCAUUCAUAAAUACAGACCGGAUCUGGUGGACAUGAGCAGCGUGUCGGCACAGACCAACCGCUCAAAUCUGGAGCGUGCAUUUUGUGUAGCAGAACAGUUGGGGGUGGCCAGGCUGCUGGACCCUGAGGAUGUUGAUGUUCAGUCUCCUGAUGAAAAAUCUGUCAUCACAUACGUCUCAACCCUUUACGAUGCCUUCCCCAAAGUACCCGAUGGUGUUGAAGGAAUAAGUGCUAAUGAUGUGGAUAUCAAAUGGGUGGAAUACCAGAACAUGAUCAAAUACCUCAGCCAGUGGAUCAAACACAAUGUGGCCAUGAUGUCAGAUAGACUGUUCCCCAACAACCCUGUGGAAAUUAAGGCACUUUAUUCACAGUAUCUACAGUUUAAGGAACGUGAAAUCCCACUAAAAGAAGACGAGAAAACAAGAAUCAAAAAUCUCUAUAAAAUGCUUGAGAUGUGGAUUGAGUUUGGACGUAUUCAGUUACCCCCGGGUCAUCAUCCAAAUGAUGUGGAGAAGGAAUGGGGUAAAUUAAUUGUUGCGAUGCUGGAAAGAGAGAAGUGCCUACGGCCAGAGGUGGAAAGACUUGAGAUGUUGCAGCAGAUUGCCAACAGGGUCCAGCGGGACUGUGUCAACGGCGAGGACAAGCUGGCACUGGCAAGAACAGCCCUGCAGUCUGAUGCAAAACGUCUAGAGUCUGGUAUUCAGUUCUUGAACGAGGCUGAGAUUGCUGGCUACCUGUUGGAGUGUGAAAAUAUACUGAGACAACAAGUAGUGGACAUCCAAAUCCUUCUGGAUGGGAAAUUCCCUUUUGCAGAUCAGCUUGUUCAAAGGGUCUCAAAACUCCGGGACGAUCUUCUAGCACUGAGAGCCGAGUGCGCGUCUGUGUACAGCAAAGGCCGCACCCUGACAACAGAGCAAACCAAAAUGAUGAUCUCAGGCAUCACACAGAGCCUGAACUCUGGCUUCUCCCAGAACAUUAACACGAGUCUGACGCCAGCUAUUACUCCUGCACUCACCCCAGGGGGCUUAGGCACACCUGGGUCCCCCUUCACCUCUAGCCUUACACCGUGCCUGACCCCAUCCAGCAUAACCUCAACCCUGAGCCCCGGUCUGCAGCCUUCUUCAGUCCCGGGCUACAUGGGGGGUGGCGGUGGCGGCAUGGAGCCGGGCAGCCUCAUGCACCUGAAACACAUGCAGAUCCGCAAGCCCUUACUGAAGUCCUCCCUGGCAGACCCCAACAUGACGGAGGAGGAAGCCAACAUGAAAUACGUACAGGACCUCCUGAACUGGGUGGAAGAGAUGCAGCUGCAGCUAGAGCGAUCGGAGUGGGGGUCUGAUUUGCCGAGCGUGGAGAUGCAUUUGGAGAACCACGAAAGCGUACAUAGAGCCAUUGAAGAAUUUCAGAUCAGUCUCAAAGAGGCCAAACUGAGUGAAAUUCAGAUGACCAUACCGGUGAAGCUGACUUAUUCAGACAAACUGAGCAAACUAGAAAGGCAGUAUGAAAGGCUGCUGAACUGUUCGAGAGAGCGACAGAGCCAACUGGAAAGCCUGCAAGACUUCGUGUCACAGGCAACUCAGGAGCUCAUCUGGCUGAAUGAGAAGGAAGAAGAAGAGGUGGCCUUCGACUGGAGCGAUCGCAACAGCAACGUCUCCACCAAAAGAGACUACCAUGCUGACCUAAUGAGGGAGCUGGAUGAAAAGGAGGAAACCAUCAAGUCUGUGCACGACAAGGGAGAGCGACUCAUGCACAAGAACCACCCAGCCAGGCUAACUAUUGAAGCGUACAAAGCUGCACUGCAGACACAGUGGAGCUGGAUCUUACAGCUCUGCUCCUGUGUGGAGCAGCAUCUUAAGGAGAAUGCUGUUUAUUUCGAGUAUUUCAGUGAUGCCAAAGAGUCCAUGGACUACCUUAAAAACCUGCAAGAUUCGAUUCAAAGAAAAUACAGCUGCGAUCGCUCAAGCAGUCUCCACAGACUAGAGGAUCUCAUUCAGGAGUCCAUGGAUGAGAAAGAGCAGCUUCUUCAGUACCGCAGCACUGUGGCUGGCUUAGUGGGCAGGGCCAAAAAUAUUGUGCAGCUCAAGCCUAGAAACCCCGAAAGUCACCUGAGGUCCUCCCUAUCUGUGAAAGCCAUCUGCGAUUAUCGCCAGAUAGAGAUCACUAUUUAUAAAGAUGACGAGUGUGUGUUGGCCAAUAACUCUCAUCGGGCCAAGUGGAAGGUCAUCAACCCGGCAGGGAACGAGGCCAUGGUGCCCUCUGUUUGUUUCACUGUGCCUCCCCCCAACAAAGAGGCUGUUGACAUGGCGACAAGAACUGAGCAGUUGUACCAGAAUGUCCUGGCACUGUGGCACCGGUCCCACAUCAACAUGAAGAGUGUUGUAUCUUGGCAUUGUCUAAUGGCUGAUAUACGUGCCAUCCGCAACUGGAAUGUGGCCUCAAUAAAGACAAUGCUGCCCGGCGAGCAUCAGCAGAUCCUGAGCAACCUGCAGUCCCACUUUGAUGAGUUCCUGCAGGACAGUGAGGAGUCGGAGGUGUUCACCGUGGCAGACUGUGCACAGCUCGAGAGAGACGUGGCAGCCUGCAAGGAGUACUACCAGGAGCUGCUCAGAUCUGCCGAGAGAGAAGAACAUGAGGAGUCGGUGUACAAUCAUUACAUCUCAGAAAUACGCAACUUCCGUAUGCAUCUGGAGGCCCACGAAGAGCACGUGAUCAGGCAGAUCCGUACCCCCCUGGAUAGAGACGACAUGGAGCAGAGCCUGCAGCGCAUCGCUGAGCAUGAGAGAAGAACAACCGAACUGGAGAAGUUGAAGGAGGAUCUGGAUGUGAUGAAGGAGAAGUGUGAGCUGUUCCUCAGGCAGGCUGCAGGCUCUCCGUCCGUGCCGACACUCUCCUCUGAACUCUCCGUCCUCAUUCAGAGCAUGAGCCAAGUGUGCUCCAUGUCUUCCAUUUAUAUGGACAAGCUAAAAACAGUUAGUUUAGUGGUGAAACACAGCCAAAGCGCAGAAGCUCUAGUCAAGGCUUAUGAGUCCAAACUCUACGAAGAAGAUACGGUGGACUCUGAUAUCAAAUCCAUUGAAAGUGUUACUUUCACACUUAAGCAAUGGAGGACUGAAAUUGAUGAAAGGCAGGAGGUGUUCCAUGACAUGGAGGAUGAGUUGCAGAAAGCACGAGUCAUCAGCGAUCGCAUGUUCAAGGCCCACAAUGAGCGUGACUUUGAUCUGGACUGGCACAAGGAGAAGGCAGAUCAGCUGAGUGAGCGAUGGCAGAACAUUCACUCGCAGAUUGACAGCAGACUUCGGGACCUGGAUGGCAUCGGCAAAUCCCUGAAACACUACAGAGACUCGUACAGUAGUCUUGAUGAAUGGGUUCAGGAACUGGAAGCAGCACAGCUAAAGGCCCAAGAAAAUAAACCAGACGAUAGCAAAGCACUCGCUGAGCUGUUAAACAAACAGAAGGUUCUCGUCGCUGAAAUUGAGCAGAAACAGGGCAGGAUUGACGAGUGUCAGAAGUACUCGGAGCAGUAUUCAGCUGCCAUCAAGGAUUAUGAGCUUCAGCUGAUGACGUUCAGAGCGAUGGUCGACUCCCAGCACAAAUCUCCUCUGAAGAAACGGAAGAUGCAAAGCUCUUCUGAUGCCAUUCAGCAGGAGUUUAUGGACCUCCGAACCCGCUACACUGCCCUUGUCACUCUUAUGACACAGUAUGUGAAGUUUGCCAGUGAAACACUGAGAAGGACGGAAGAAGAAGAGAACAGAAAGACUUUUGAAAGAGCAGAGAAUGCAAAAAGGACAGAGAGCAUGGAGCUGCAAAAAGCCACAGGAGAAGUAGAGGUUAGACAACUUAAGGAGCAGAUCCAGGAACAGGAAGCGCUGCUCUCUGAAAGGCAAGCACAGGUGGAAAAUCUAGAAGGACGAGUAGAAACACAAAAGAAGACUAUUGAAGAUCUAAAGUUUCAAAAGUCACAACUUGAGCAUGAUGUUAAUCAGUAUUGCACAAGAUUAGAAAUAGCGAUUAAAGACAAAGCUGCAACUGAGCAGGAAUUGAAGCACACAAAAGUUAUGUUUGAGCAGUCAGAGGCAACAUGGUCUCUGACUCAGAAGAAACUAGAAGAGUUCUUAAAGAAAGAGCGUGAUGACCAGGAUCUGAACUUGCACAGCCUUAAACUCCAGAGGAAAACUGAUGGGGAAGUUGAACUUGCAGCCGAGGAGGAGGUGCAUGUUCAAGUCCAGGCUAAAAGCAGUCAUCUGGCCCGGCAGCCUGUGGGAUCUGACAGCCAGUCAACUGUGGACUCUCAACUCGAGUCAUCUGCAGUUAGAAUGCAGGAAGUCCUGCAGCAGAAACUGGAGGAGCUGGUGGUGGUCCAGAACAAAGCAGAAAUGGCAGAGGAGAAGGCUCAGAGUUACAAAAAGCUUUUGGAUGACAGCAAUAACAGGCUAAAGAAACUCCAGAUGGACAUGGAGACUGAACGGAUCCAGGUAAGACAGAAAUCUGAUGAACUCCAGCAGGAGACACUAAACAUGAAAAAGUCCAUCAGUGACUUCCAAAAAGAAAUCCGAGCUCUCCAAAGAGCAAAGUCCUCACUGGAGCAAAGUGCUUUUUUCCAGAGCACGGAAGUUGAAGGCCUCAAAGAGCAGCUGAAGAUCACCCAAGGGGAGCUGCUGAAGAGAAGUUCCAUCGAGCAGGAAAACAGCUAUAAAAUAGACAACUUAGAGGAGGAGGUGGAUUCCAAGCAGGCAGUAAUAGAUCAGCUUAAGUUUAAGUGCAGUGAGCUGAAAAGGAUAAAUGCCGCAUCUGACAAUGGGAUGAGAGCUCUUCAGAUACAAAUUGAGUCUCUGGAAAAGGAGAAAUCACUUUCCGAACAGAAGACCAAGUCUUUAAAGAAAGAGAUAGAGAAUUGGAGACAACAGCUUCAAACAUCUAAUGAGGAAAACAUUACAAUGAAAAGAUCUGAGCAGGUGCUGGCGCAAAAAGCUAAAAAUCUCGAGGUAGAUCUUGAAAAAAGUGAAUCACAUGUUUCUCAACUGGAGAGAAAAAUAGACCAACUGAAACAGAUCAAUUUAGAGACGGAGCAGAAUCUGAAGAAUGCCAGAGCUAAACUCGACCAGGUGAUGAUGGAAAUCGAGAGUAAGGACCAGCAAAUUAAAAUCUUCAAGUCUCAGGUUGAUGGCACCAAAUCACAGGUCAGAAUUAUAGAGGAGGAGCUAAACAAGAAAUCCCAGACCACCCAUGAACUUCAGAUGAAGCUGCAAGAUUACAGGGAAGAUGCAAGGAAAAUGGCUGACCUGCAGCAGAAAAUUAAAAUCCUCACUUCCAGUAUUUUGAAUUAUGAGGAAGAAGUAACAUCUCUCAAAUCAGAACAGAAGUCACAGUUCACUGAGAAAAAUUUAGAAAAUCAAAAGAUCCACAUGCAAAAAGCAGAAAUUGAUGAUUUGAAUUCGAUGCUAAAGGAAAAAAAUGCAGAGCUACAAAAGGAAUCUGAGGAGAGUCAGAAACUUCUGAGUGAGGUCAAAGUCUUAGAAGAUGACCUUUUCAAACAUCAGCUCAGCUCCGAGAAAAUUACAGAAAACUUGAAGAAAGAAAUAUACACCCUUCAGAUUGACAAGACAACAGCAGAGAGGAAAGUUGAGAGCUUGAAUGUUAAACUUUCCGAGCUAAACUCUUCUCUCCAAGGAUUGAAAGAUGAAUUGGCUCAAGAGACCAAAGAAAGACAAUUCAAAGAAUCCCAAGUCAUGCAGAUACAGAACGAGCUUCAGAAAACAAAUAUAACCAUCAGGGAAAUGACGUCCAGUUCGGACACAUCUCGAUCGAAUCUACAACAUGAGAAUACAAUCCUGAAGAGGGAGAGGUCUGAGGCACAGGAGAAGAACAUCUCGCUGAGAUCCGAGGUCUGGCUGCUGAACGAUAAGCUGCAGCGUGCCCAAACGGAUGCUGAGCAAAAGCAAAAAGAAAACUCUGCUCUUCAGAUGAAGUCCCAGCAGAUGGAAGGACAACUGGAGAAGUGCAAGAAGAUGUUGGAGGAAUUAAAGAGUAAAUUUGACCUUCAGAAGGAGGGCUAUGAAAGGCAGUUGUUGGUGAUGCAGACUGAAAUAGAGAAAAAACUUGUUUUGCUGCAUGAGAUCACAAAGGAAGGCGAGCAGACGCAUUGUGCAGAGUUAGCUGAGAUGCUUAACAAGUAUUUUAAACAAGAUGUGAAACUGACAAAAAUCGUGCAGCCAACCACAGUGGAAUCGCAGCAUCACAUGGGCCGAGAGCUGCAAAUCAAAACAGAGAAGCUGCAGCAAGAACGGACAAAACUCAGUCAGGAGUUGACGAAGGCAAAGUCAGAAAUUACCGGACUUCGGGAGGAUAAUUUCAAACUAACCUCAAAAGUCAGCGCUUUGCAAAACAUUUGCAAUGAACAAACAAUCACGAUAACGAAGUUUGAAAAGCUGCUGGCAGACAGCGAGCGCAAGCUGAUACUGAAAGAGAAUGAUGCGAGAGCUAAUCGGGAGCAAAUAGAGGUUUACGUCAAAGAGGUGAGAAGUCUUCAGGAAACCCUUUCCACGGUCAAAGUGGAGGGGAUGGAAACCAAUCAUCAGUCUGUGACAAACAGUACGGCUGACAUGUUGAAGGCAAGCGUUCCUGUGGUGAAGAAAGUGGCACCCGUCAAUAAAGCUGCAAAAGACAUCAUUGAAGACGAAAGUCUCAGAAUGAAAGAGAUGACAACCGUGGAAAGAGGAGCCGUCCUUGAAGAGAUUAAAAAAGUCAAAGAAGAUGCUUCCACUUAUCAAACUCCCACUCUCCAAUCCAAAGAUGUGCAGAGUGUGACUUUCAAGAGCAACAUUACAUCUUAUUCAUCCAUCUCCGCCACGUCACAUGGAUACACAGCUCUGCCUGGACUAACAAACCAGCAGCCAAACGAAAAUAACGUCACCAAGACAACAAUGUAUCAAAUCGGACAAAUUCAAGACACUGUUGACAAAUCAGAAAAAAACGCUGCAUACCGUGAUGGAAAACUAAGCGGUUCUACUUCCUUAAAACUCCCAGAACAUAAAGGGAGUACAAACCUCCAGUACCUGAUCAAAUUCAAGCUUGUGGAUGAGGAGGUUCUGCAAAAAUUGGAGAUGGGCCUCAUCACGGUGGAGCAGGUGCAGGUGUCACUGGCUCAGUGCACUGACAAACCAACUGCCAUCGCUGGAAUAUACGUGGACUCGAGCAAGAAAAAGAUAUCUUUCCUAGAAGCUGCAGAGAAGGGCUUCCUGGCAAAGACAUAUGCGCUUGAGUUUCUGGAGGCUCAGGCUGCAACGGGGAGUCUUGCGGAUCUGGCCACAGGGCGGACCCAGCCAGUUGAAGAGGCUCUGCAGAUGGGAAUCAUAGACGCGAGCCUGAGAGAUAAACUGAUGGAGGCUGAGAAGGCUGUCAGUGGCUACAUCAGUAAGGGGAAGAAGCUGUCCGUGUUUCAGGCAAUGGAGGAGAGGAUUCUUGAUAGAUACAGAGGGAAGAAGAUCCUUGAGGUCCAGGUUGCUACCGGGGGGGUAAUUAACCCAGAGACCGGUGUCAGAGUGCCGGCUUGUAUCGCUGUAGACCAGGGUCUUUUGAGCAAAGAGAUCCUACAGAUUCUGAAUGAUCCUCGGAACAACCCCAAAGGUUUCCACAACCCUGACACCGGACAGAAAGCAUAUUACUCCGAAAUACUCAAGGCGUGCUUGUAUGAUGUGGACGGUGGCGUGUUUCUCUUCCCGUUCGGUGAGAGACACUUGACAAGCACGUCUCUCACGAGUCCUCAUAAGGUGUCAGUCAUCGACAGCAGUUGUGGGUCUGAAAUGUCAACUUACGAAGCCUUCAGGGGGAAACACAUUGACAAGAGGACAUAUCUGUAUUUGUCUAAGCAGGAAAGUGAAUGGCAGGAAACAUCCAUAGUGGACUCCAGCGGAAGUGCACGUCACAUCAUCACUGAUGCCAGAAGUGGCCGGCAGCUCUGUCUCGAGUCCGCUCUCAGUCAGAGGUUUCUCGAAGCAUCUGAGCUUGAAAACUACCGCAGCGGCCUGCUGAGCAUCUAUGAGAUUGUGGACAUCAUUCUUUCAAGAAUGGUGGUUGUGGAGGAUGCUAACAGCCCUGUUGCCGGUCUCUGGGACAUCCUCCAGAAGAAGAGGCUCUCAGUUCUGCAGGGCUUCCAGCAGGGCUUCACUGACAGAGCCACGGCCUUGCAACUGUUGGAGUCCCAGGCCUGCACCGGAGGAAUCUGUGACCCGUCGUCUGGGGAGAGAGUUACCCUCUCUGAGGCUCUGCAACGAGGGCUUGUUGACGAGGCGCUGAAUCAGCAGCUCCAGAUGUUUGAGCAGGCGUUCAAUGGCAUUAUUAACCCAAAAACAGGGAAGACUUUGUCACUUUCUCAAGCUGCUCAGGAGAAUCUCUUCCCGAAGGAUGCUGCAUUUCGCUGUAUUGAAUUCCAGGUCCAUACCGGAGGCUUGAUCGGUCCCUACACGCACGACAGAGUCUCAGUUGAAGAAGUCCCUCAGAGCGGCCUUGUUGACAAAGCCACUGCUGCUGCACUCAAAGAUGGGGGGCUCCACACCAGAAGCCUCACCUGCCCCAAAACCAAGAGAAAAAUCACGUUCAAAGAGGCGCUCGAAAGAAGCGUGUUCGACUGCCACACUGGAUUAAGGUUACUGGAGGCCACAAAAGUUCCCGGCUAUGGAGCCAAAACCACAUUUCAUUAUAUUUGGGCAUAUAAAAGAUCUGUUGAUGAGGAGAAGAGAGAGCAUGGGGAUAAAGUUAGCAAACUAUUGCACUGGAUGUCCGAUGUGAAACGGAGCGUGGGCAAUGAUGGGAAUGAUCUGAAAGAUAGUAAUGCCAACACAGAUGCUUCAAAUAAGUCCCAGAUGUCCGUUGAGGAGCUGGUCACUAAAAAGGAGCAAAUUGCAGAAGCACUCAAGGCCACACAAAUGAUGCUCAAUAAACACAGCGACAAGAUGACAGAAGAGGAAAAAGAGGAAAUCCAGGAGCAGCUGAAGGCUCUAAAUCAGGCGUACAACGAAGUGUCCCAGCUGUGCUCAGAACAGACAACCUCUGCAGACGAGUAUCCAUGUAGUGGAGCUCUCAUGCAGUUCAGCAAGACAACAGACCUAAUGUGCGAGUUUACAGUGUGCAAUGUGACUAACGACACUCUUCCUGAUUUCAAAACCAAUGACUGUACUGGAACUGGAACCACGAGUGGCCUCAUUGAUCAGGCGACUCGGGUCACUCUCCCAGACUCCCUCAUGACCUCCGACUUCUCUCAGUCUGAGCCCCAGAUCCAGCUGAACUGGACUGAUGACGCUCAAAGUCACAAGCAAAGUCCGACGUACAAAUCCACACUGAAGCACAAGUUCAUACACGGCUCACAUGUCUCCUCUGUGUCCCUGUCCGACUUAGCAGCAGCUAGACGAGGGUCCAUGUGUGACGAUCUAGUCCUCAAGGUGAUAGACAUUGAUGAAGUCAGUGAUGGGAUGAAUGUGUGCUACACAGGGGAUGUUCUGGCCCUGGAGAAGGCAUUUGAAAGUGGUUUAAUUCCUGCUUCUGUCUAUGUAAAGAUUCUUCAGGGGCAAAAGUCCUGCCAGGACGUCUUAGAGCCUGAGGAAAAGGUUGAACCAUAUCAGGUUAGCAGACUGAUAUUAAAGUGCCUGAGCAGAAAUACUUCACAGACAUCAGGGAGGAAUAUUAACACCUUGAAGUCUGUGUGUGGCGGUUUAAGUGAUCAGGGAACCACCACAAGGUUGUUAGAUGGGAAAAUGAGUGAUAACAAAGAUGAAAAUGUAGCCGAGGCAUCAGAAGGUGCUGGAGAUACCGAUGGGCUGAGGGUGGACGCAGCCGUUCAGUGUGACUUGAUGAGCUCCAGCAGUACUCUUGUUGUGCUGGGACAUCAGAAACAGUUUAUAGGGGUUGUGCUGCCUCAAACUGGGGAAACCGUGUCUACCUCACUCCUGUAUCAUGAACAGAUCACCACAAGUGGGUUUACCAGCAGAUUGUUGUGCGAUCGGAGAAAAAUAGCAGCUUUUUAUAUUCCAGAAGACUCAACGGUAAUAGAUAUCAAUUCUGCUGUUCAAAGGGGUUUAAUUGACACUUACACAGCAGAGAUUGUGAAAUCUGUAGAGAUACCAGAUGUGUUUCCUGAUGUUGAUCACCUCAGUCAAACGUUUUCAUCUUGGCUUACGCAUAAAAAACUUAAAAUUGAUGGAUGGCAUCACUCUGAAGGUGGUUCCGAAAUAAAUAUCCCGACACCCACAGAGGCAGAGCUGUUGUUCAUGUCAUACUUAAUGAUUAACAGUUACAUUGACCCUGAAUCAGCUCAGAGGGUUUUGAUACUCGACAGUCAAUUGGCCGAAAUAACGAAGGCUUUUCUUGAACACCCAACAUUUGCUCAAAAUUUCCCCUACUUCCCUUUCAAUGCCAGCCAUCAUCCAGAACCGGCUGAUGUUGAGGCGUCGCUGCAUAUCAGUGAGGGAACAGAGCAGUCAGUGGUUUAUGCACAGCACUCUUUUGAUCCUCAUAAUUACGUUUCCAAGAUAAACGGGGGAAUCAGCUUUGUAGAAAACACUCAACAUUCAUUUGAGGCUUGUAGUGCUAACUCCACCGGUAAUCUAGGAGGAAUAUUUACUGAAAAGUCUGUCCUGAAGGAUGAGGCUUUAACACAAAACCCCGCCAGCGAGCGUUUAGUUAAUAAUUCUGCAGAUUUGUAUGCAACAGUACAAGAUGUUGUAAAAGAUGAAACCAUAUUUGAAAGCAGAGAAAACUGGACAAAGUCUGAGGAUCCUGAAGAGAGAAUGUAUGCACGUACUUUACAACUCGAGGCCGGAGAUGCUGUAAAUGAAGGCCUUGAUAGUCCAUCUUCUCUGGAAAUAUUGGCUCCUCCCACAUUGUGCUCUGUUAAAAACAGAAACUCACCAUCAACUAUGAUCGAUUCUGAAUCCUCAGUGAAUCCUUGCCAUCAGAUAAUACCACACAUCUCAGAGUUGCAGUGCAGGGAAUCAAAAAGCAUUGAUCCUAAUCAGGCUGACUUCUUAUGCGGUACUGAUGUGAAGGAGCAGGACUGUGAAUGUGAAAGGGAACAACCUUCUCAAGUUCUUGACACCCAAAGGGAGGAGGGGAACAUCUUAGAUGUUGCCUCUGGGAGACUUUAUGACCUGAAGGGAGCUCUUAAUGAGGGAGAAGUUGAUGAGCAGACAGGACUGAAGCCACUCGACCCACAUUCAGAUGAAAGCGCGUGCAUUUUAGAGGACAAUGAAGUAACAGUGUGGGGUGUAAAACAGGCCAACACAUCCGCAACCGAAGAGCAGACCUUCUUGAUGUCUGAUUGGAGUGUUAGUGACAGUGUUAAUGAGCCGUUGCAAUUUCAACUAGUUCAACUUGAUGACAUAGAUCCCGAAACCGGUCCCUGUUCAGACGACAGCAGCAUUUACUACUCCUGUGAUGAUCACAGUGUGAGCUUAAACAAUACAUAUGCAGCUAAAAACACAAUGCAGCCGACUGAGAGCAGGGCUGCUGUCAUGUUUGACUUAAACAAUGAGAAGGCUAAUAACAGAGAGGAGGAGAUUGCAGAAAAACAAGAAAACGCUGAAAUGAUGAGUAACUAUGAGCACAACUCUUUUAAGUCAGAUUGUGGUGCGGAUGGUGUGAUAACCUCAAACUCCUCAGGAUCUCACGUCACAGCAGAGUGUGUUUCUCACUAUGAGGAAUUGCCUUUAUCGGCUAAAGACAGUGACUCACACGUCUUUGUUAAUACACAGCCGGCUGGUGGAGCUGAUACAAACAGCAUUGUAACAGAAAACUCUGCUCCAGCAACACAGUCGGGUUCAUCUAAUCAAAGUGACAGAAGCUCCAGCAUCAAUACAAUCUCAGAAAACCAGGAUCAAUGUGUCACUUCAACUUUUCAGUCUCAUAACUCAAACAGCCAUCCUGCUGAUAUUAUUUUCAGCUCUGGAUGUGAAAUCCAAGAUGGAGACAAUGCAGUUAAUAACAGUGAACUAAGUGCAUCCUUAUCCGUACACAAUGACGAUGAUAUGAUUAAAAUGGAAAAUGACAUGAGUGUUGCUCCCUCACCUUUCGACAGUGAGCCAGCUCAGAUUGGACAUGACUCAUCACCCAGGGACUCGGCUGAAAGUGCAGUCAUCUCAGUUUCCAGGAGUAAUGGCAACUAUGACAUAAACUAUGUGGAGGAAGGGGGUGGAAAAGCAUUGUCCCAGGAAGCAGUGCUUUGUUUAGAAGGUGAUAUCAGUGCUGAGUUUAAACCUGACUGCUCUGAAAGUGCUCAAAUCCAGAGCAUGGCUGUUUGUGAAACACCUGCACAACAGCAGGACAUAUCAGUGCUGAGUAAUGGCAAUGGUGACAUAAACUAUGUGGAGGAAGGGGACGGAAAUGCAUCAUCGCAGCAAGCAGUGCUUUGUUUAGAAGGUGAUAUGAGUGCCGAGUCUAAACCUGACUGCUCUCAAAGUGCUCAAAUCCGGAGCACGGCUGUUUGUGAAAGACCUGCACAACAGCAGGACAUAUCAGUGCUGAGUAAUGGCAACUGUGACAUGAAAUAUGUGGAGGAAGGGGACGGAUAUGCAUCGUCCCAGGAAGCAGGGCUUUGUUUAGAAGGUGAUAUCAGUGCCGGGUCGAAACCUGACUGUUCCCAAAAUGCUGAAAUGUGGGGCACGGCUGUUUGUGAAAGACCUGCGCAACAGCAGGGCGACCCAUCUCAGUUACCUGCUGUUUCCAGUGAAAUGUCUACAACAAAUACUGUUGAUCAGAGUACCUUUGCUAUUGAAGAUCAGUCUGUGACAAAUGAGGAUGUUGUGGUGUUGAACAAGAGUGAUGCAGAUGAUGCAGAGUUGUAUAAAGUUUCCCCAGAGAGGCAACACAAUGACAUUUUGCAAAGCACCGAUGGUACUGAGCAGACCUCUGUAUCAUGUCAGCAAAUAGACUGCAUUAGUGACAUUGUGUCGCACUCAAAUCUACCCUUGGUAUCAUCCGACAUGAACCUGGAAGAACCUAAAUCUGAAGUGGGUGAAAAACUGGGAUUAUAUAAUCAAUCAGAGGAAGAGGCAUUAGAUGAAUUUGUUUCUGAGGAUCCCCGUGUGGUUACUGAUUUCCUGUCAGGCAUAUGCAACACAUCUGCUGUUAGCUCUUCAGCACCAUCUGUGUCUCCAGAUGUUGUGGAAACUGUUGUAAAUGAUCCAGAGGAAACAGCCAUGAUGAAUGUUAAUGGCAGUGAUUUGAUAGAGACAAAAACUCAAGGCAAGGACAACCCUAAUCUGGAGCCUCAAGAUAAAGGCGGUUUUCAGGAGAGUAACACAACCGUAGAAGCCGGGGAGAGCGGCCCCUCGGGUCCUCUCGCAGAUGAGCCAAAUCAAAACACUGUCACUUCAAACAGCCAAGACACAGAAAACGCUCAACUGAUACCUCGGGAGGAAAAUGACCUCGAAAACACAGAACAGUCCGAUACUCCAAAUAUCCAGCUGCAGCUCAUGCAGCUUUUUAAGACCGUUUCCUCGGGCCAAGACUUUUCAGUGCUUCGGGAAAUGGUGGACACUCUGACCGGUGCUCUGGGGGGGGACGCCCACGAGGACCGGCGGCACACGCUGGAGAGCAUCAAGGAGGAGAGCUCGGAGGGAGAGGACGAGGAGUCGGCAAAAGAUGACCCGGCUCUCCGUCACACCCCUGCAGCAGCUCGCCGACUGGCUGCUCAGCAGUCUGACGGCUUGCAGGCCUGUAAAAUUGAGAAGAUGUUUUCCAUCCAGGAUUACUUGGAGUGUGUUGGGAGGCUGCAGGAUCAUGCCGAUGCUUUGGAAGAUAUAAGAAAAGACCUUUCAGUGCAUGAAACCACGGGUAGCAACAUGGAAGAACUGCAGAUCCAAAUAGAGGAAUGUCAGUCUUUAGAGUCUGAACUUUCCAGAUUGGGUGGUGUUCUGACAGCAGAUACUGAGAAAGCCAAACAACUCUUAAAGUCUGUCGAUGAAAACAUUCCUGUACAAAUCCACCAAGAUCUGGCCUCAACAUGUCUGCAGCUGGAGCCAAAUUUUACUGCCGUUUCCCAGAUGUGUGAGGGAAAGAGAAACUCCUUGAUUGAAGCAAUGGAAGCAGGAAAGGCACACUUGGAAACGACAUACCAGAAACAUCUCAAUGAUCUUGAUGAACUAGCAGGCCUCGUUCAAAUCACCUCCGAGGUCUGGGAUGUGGAUUUCAACGCGUGUGAUGCGGACACAUUGAAAAGUUUAAGUCAGCAGAACAAGGAUACUGAGGACAGUCUGCUAAAGGAAGCCAGGCUCAAGUUAGAGGACGUCACCUUUGAAAUCCAGUGCUUCAUUUCUGAGCACGCUCAGUUCCUGAGUCCAGCUCAGAGCAGCUACCUCCUCAAGUUCCUCACCACCACACAGCGAGCGUUCAGGGACCAGUCAGACAAGCUCGUCACACAGAGGAGCACCUUAGACGUCCUGCUGGACACCCGAGCCAGAGAAGACCAGGAGAAGUCUUUAUUAGCAAAACACAAGGAGUUUACGGAAAAGCUGGAGGAAGUGUGUGACAAUCUCACCCUGACAGAAAAUAGACUGAUUGGUCAUCAGCAGCAGGCUGGAAGUACUCAGAGUGUCACAGACCUGCAACAGUACCAGAAAGAGCAUCAGGCACUGCAGAAAGAUGUACUGACAAACGCCAGUGCCUUGAAUGAGGUGAUUACCAGUACCAAAAGGUUUCUGGAGGAGAACCGCGGCAAGCUGACACCAGAUCAGAUCGCCAUGAUUGAGAGCAAGCUAGAAGAGGCCAAAAGUAAAGCCAACCUCAUCGACCAGCGGGCAGAGGAGUCCAAAAAGGAUCUGGAGAAAGUUGUCACGACGGCCAUAAAACAGGAGAGCGAAAAGGCAGCAGCUGUGGAACGACUUGAGGAAAGUAAGAACAAAAUUGAAAGUCUUCUGGAGUGGAUAUCCAACAUAGAGAAUGAAAACAAAACUAGUUCGGAUGAAAGUAAUCAUACAAGUAAAGAGAAUGGAAACUUGCCAGAGGAAGCAUCAGCUAAGGGACUGAAGGAAGAGAUUGAUGAUGCCAACGGAAAUGCCUUAGAGACCACUGAAAGUGACUUUGGAAGAGAAGCCGGUGGUGAAAAUGACCCAUCUCUAGAUCUUGAUAAGCAGUACGACAGAAUCAAGACCCGUCACCAGGAGAUUCUGUCCCAGCAGCAGGAUCUCAUCGUGGCAACUCGUUCAGCUCAGACUUUGCUUGAAAAACAAGCUAACGUGCUGUCUCCAGAGGAGAAGGAGACACUUCAGAAGAACAUCCAAAACCUAAAGGAGCGCUACGAGGCCUCGCUGACCCAGGCUGAGCAGCAGAUGAAGCAGGUGCAGGGUGUCCAGGAAGAGCUGAAGAAGUUCAGAGACGACUGUGAGGAGUUUCACGGCUGGCUAACGCAGGCCGAAGGAGACAUUGAGGAGUUGGGCGCUCCAGCCGGCUCUCUCAACAUCCUGAGUGAUAAACUUCAGCGGCAGAAAAGUUUCUCAGAGGAUGUUAUUUCCCACAAAGGGGAUCUGCGCUUUAUUACAAUUUCAGGGCAGAAAGUGCUAGAUGUGGCUAAAGCCUGUGCACUGGCUGACCCCGCGGCUAAGAGCGCUCUGCUGGAUGUGGAUACUUCAGGGACCUGUUCUGCUGUCAAGGACAAACUGGAUUCAGCAGCCAGCCGAUACAAAGCACUUCAUACCCAGUGCAAUUUGCUUGGUAACAACCUCAGAGACGUGGUUGACAAAUAUAAGAAGUACGACGACGCGAGCGGUGGUCUUGUGAAGUGGCUAAACAACUCAGAGGAAGAGGCGAGGAAGCACCAAUCAGAGGUCAUCGCAGCUGAUCCACAAGCCCUCCAAAAGCAGCUGGAGGAGACCAAGGCUUUGCAAGGUCAAAUGAUGGGACAUCAAACCUCUAUUGACACAUUACGUAAAACAGCUGAAUCACUGGUGACAUCCGAAGGAAACCUGCUGAGCAACCAAGACGAGAUCCAGGAGACAGUAGAUGACAUUGUGGAGCGCUAUGAUAACCUUUCCAAAUCUGUGAGCGAUCGAAACGAGAAACUGCAGAUCACUCUGACUCGCUCCAUGAGUGUCCAGGAUGGCUUGGAUGAGAUGAUGGGAUGGAUGGAGGGAGUGGAGGCCAGCGUGGAGGAGAAGGAGCCAAUACUCUUGGACUCUGCAUCCCUUGGAGACAUCCUCAGCAGAGAAGCAGCGUUAGAGCAGGACAUAGCAAGUCGGCAGAGCAGCAUCUCAGCCAUGAAAGCCAAAGUGGGGAAGUUUGUGGAGACGGCAGAUCCCUCUGCCGCUGUGCUGCUGCAGUCAAAGAUGGAAACUCUCUCCCAGCGCUUCUCUGACGCUUGUGACAAGCAUAAGCAAAAGGUUUCCCAAUUGGAGCAAAUAAAAGAGAAGGUUGAACAGUUUGAGGACAUUGCAGACAAAGUCCAGCAGUUUGUUGGGAAGCGGUCGCAAGAUUUGCAUGAAACAGAUGGACCUGGGAAAACAUUCGAUGAAAUGUCUCAGCUCAUGCAGAACACUAAAGCUGAGAUGUCUGACUGUGUAAGUGAUAUGGAGAAGCUGCAGACUCUUUCCAAGGAGUUGUCUGAAAUGAGCCCUGACGGAAACAAAACCCAACUGCAGAGCAAGAUGGACAAUGUCUCAAAUAUAUUUAGCAGCCUCAAGAACACGGUCAAAGAAAAGGAAGAAGAGCUAUCAUCCUGUCAGGACCAGCUGGAAGAGUUCAGAUGUGCAGCCAGCGUGCUAUCCAAGUGGUUGGAGGAGACCAACAACCAAGUACCUGCAGCUCAGCCAAGCAGCAGUGAGAAAAGUCUGGAGAAGGACCUGCAGAUAGUCACGGGUUUAUUAGAUGAAUGGACAUCCAAAGGUCCGGCUGUCCAGGACCUGAACAGUAAAGGAUCAGCGCUGUGUAGCUUGAUCACCUUUCUCACAUCCCCUGCAAAGACAAAGGCACCUAACAAGUCAGCUCUUACUAAUGGUGGUGGUCCAGCAAGCCAUACCUACCUAACCAAUAAAGAGCUGAUGGGAAUCCAGCAGAACAUGGUGUUCAUUAGUGAAGGAUACACAAACCUUGGGGAAAAACUGAAGAGUCGAGCAGAUGAGCUGAGUAGUUCGCUGCAGGAGGUGAAAGACACCCAAAAGGAGACAGAGGACGUGAUGACUUGGCUAAAGGAGAUGAAAAAGACCACAGCUUCCUGGAACAAUGAAGCCACAGAGAGAGGUUCUGUGAAAACACAGCUUGAACAGCAGAAGGCAUUUGAAGAUGACAUGAGGCAGAAGCAGGACCAGCUCCAGAAGCUCCGAGAGAAACUUCUGGGUUUGAUUACAACCCAUCCAAACUCCCCAGAGGCAGACAAAUGGAAGCAGAUGCUGGCAGAGAUAGAUGCUGCUUGGGCGGACAUCAGCGGCUCUGUGGAGGAGAGGAAGCUGCACCUGGAAGAGUCCAACAAAAAUCUGGACAUCUUCCAAACAACUCAGCUGCAGCUCGGCCAGUGGCUCUCAGAGAAAGAGAUGAUGAUGAGCGUCCUUGGACCGCUCUCUAUAGACCCAAACAUGCUUAAAAUGCAGAAGCAACAAGUUCAGAUCCUCCAGAAUGAGUUCAAGAGCCGCAAACCUCAGUAUGAGCAACUCGAGGAAGCGGCCUCGGCCAUUCUGAGCUCGUCAGCCAACCAGGAGCCUUCGAGUGGGAAACAGGUUCAGGAGCAGUUAUCGACCGUCACCCAGAAGUGGCAAGACAUCACGGGACAGCUGGACCAGCGAGACGGCCUCAUCGACCAGGCCGUCGUGAAGACCGGGCAGUUCCAGGAGUUAUUGAGGAGCCUCAGCCACACUAGCACUCAGUUGGAGAAUCAGCUCACCAACCAUCACGCCAACAGCACCCAGCCAGAUGCCGUGAAGAAGCAGCUGGAGGACGUUCAAAACAUCUCAGCUCAGCUGAGAGAGGAGAGGAAGAAACUGAAGCAGGCUGAGGUCAUCAACGCAGAGCUGUCAGCGAUGGUGACGGAGGACUAUCUCAAAGCAGACCUAGCCAGGCAGCUGGAGAGCGUCAGCAAGCCUUUUGAACAGCUGGAAGACAAAGCAGCAAAACGAGUCGAGCAGUUGAACUCCACCUUUGCCAGCUCUCAGCAGUUCCACCAGACCUCCAAAGACUUCCAGUCGUGGCUGGGUGAGAAGCUCCAGGACCAGUCCAAGCCCCUGCCCAUCUCUGCCAAAGUGGACGUUCUGGAGCAAACUCUGGAGGAGCAAAGUCAGCUCCAGAAGGCUCUCGGGGAACACGAGGAAGCCUACAAUACAAUCACCGGAGAAGGAGAGAGGCUCCUGCACAGCACUGACGGUGCAGAGAAGUUGGCGCUGCAGGGACAGCUCACGGCCCUCUCCUCCAACUGGGACGAACUGAAGAAGAACUCUGCAGAGCAGGCGGAAAAACUCAAAGUUGCUCUGCUGAGAUCUCAGAAGUAUCAGGAGCAUACGGAGAAGCUGAGCUCUUGGAUUCAGGACUGUGAGGCAAGUGAGGAGCAGGUCAAGCUCACCAUCGACCCUGUUGGAGUGGAGAACUCCAUUUCACAAGCGAAGGCUCUGCAGAAGGAUGUUGACAAGCACAGAGGGUUGGUGGAGCAGCUCAACUCAGCCGCGGAGAGCCUCUUUGAAGUGGCCAACACGGAUACCGAAACCAUAAAAGAAGACAAGGAUACCAUUGGUAAACGGAUGGAUCGGUUAGUGGAAAACCUGCAAAGUAAAAGGGAAUCCCUGGAGAAGAUCUCACACGCUGUUAAAGAAUUUAACGAUUCUAACAAAGAGUUAAAGGGCCAGCUUGAGGGAGCCAGGAAGCAGGUGGAAUCCUACGAAUCUCAAGGGGUGCAGGCACACAGUAACAAAAACUUGACCAACAUGAAAGCUCAACACAAGAGUUUAGAAGGAGUGCAGAACCAAGUGGAGCACAUGCAGUCCUUAGCCAAGGACCUUGUGGUGGACGUCCCAGACGCAGAAGGAGUGACAGACCUCUUACUGCAGGCUGACAGCGUAGAAGAAGAGUAUCGUGACCUUAACAAGAAAGUUGAGGAAGCAUGCCAGGUUAUGGAGAGUAAACUGCAGGGCAUUGGACAGUUCCAAAACAGCAUCCGUGAGAUGUUUUCCAACUUCACAGAGCUGGACGAUGAGCUGGACAGCAUGCCUCCAGUGGAUCUGGACUUGGCCGUCUUGAAAGAUCAGCAGGACAGCAUUGAGAACUUCAUCUCCAAGCUGCGGGAGCUGAUGGCCAACACGGACAACGCUGAGGACAGCUGCAAGAAGAUGCUGGAGUCUGAAUCAUCACCUGACCUGCUGGGCCUGAAGAGAGAUCUGGACGCUCUGAGUAAGCAGUGCGGCAAACUCCUGGACCGGGCCAAGGGCAGAGAGGUCCAGGUGCAGAGCACCCUCACCAAGCUGGAGGAGCUGUAUGGUAAACUCCAUCUAGUGGAAGAGAAACUCUGCAAGGCUGUAGAUAAGGAAGCGUCCCAGGAGGCCGUUGGCAUGGAGACAGACGUGAUUAACCACCAGCUGGAGGCCUUUAAGGGCACCGAGACAUCUAAGCUGGAGCAACAAAUUUCUCAGCACAAGGCUUUAGAGGAGGAGAUUAUGAAUCACAGCAAAGACCUGUUUCAGGCCGUCAGUCUGGGUCAGAUGCUCAAAACUGUGAGCUCUGUGGACGAUAAGGAUUUUAUUCAGUCCAAAUUGGACACCACUCAGGCCAGUUACAUAGAGCUGCAGGAGCGAUGCAGGAGGAAAGCCGACAUGCUGCACCAAGCUCUGGCAAACGCCCAGCUGUUUGGAGAGGAUGAAGUGGCCCUCAUGAACUGGCUCUGUGAGGUCCACUCGCGGCUGAGCGAAGUGUCCGUGGAAGACUACAAAACAGACACUCUUGAAAAGCAGCUGGCUGAACAACGGAAUCUACAAAGUGAUAUUGAGCUGAGGAAGAAGAAUGUUGACCAAGCCGUCUCUAAUGGGAUGGAGCUACUGAAGCAAACAACAGGGUGGUUGUUAUCCAAGGGUAAACUGGACGGAAUAAAAACAAAGUAUGCCGAGAUCAACUCCCAUGAGUGACAGUGUUUUAGAACCUGGAGCGGGGUUUUGAGUCUCUCCUCCAAGCUGCAGGUUACCCACGAGGACCUGAGCACCUGGCUGGAGAAAGCUGAGGCUGAGAUCAGCAUUUUUGCUGAUCAGAGCCCCGUGGGUGAACAGCAAGUUCAUUCACAAAACAAGCAGAAGGCCUUGCUGAAGGAGACCAAAGACCAAAAACCAGUGUUUGACAAGCUGAAUGAGCUCAGCAGUUCGCUCCAUCUGAUCCCCUGGCACAUUCGAGAGGGUUUGGACAAGCUGGUGACUGAGGAUAAUGAGCGGUUUAGAGCCGUCGCGGACACCAUCACCCAGCAGGUCGACCAGAUCAACGCCAACAUCCUCAAGUCACAGCAGUUUGAGCAGGCAGCAGACAGCGAAUUAUCCUGGCUAGCUGAGGCUGAAGGGAAGUUGCUGUCGAUGGGCGAGAUCAGGCUGGAGCAGGACCAAACCACAGUCCAGCUCCAAGCACAGAAGAUUUUGUCCAUGGACAUCAUGAGGCACAAAGAUGCUGUGGAUGAGAUUGUGAAAACAGGGAAGGCCAUUAUGAGCAGCAGAAACCCAGAGGAGAAAGAAUCCUUGAAGGCCAAAACCCAGACCAUCUUAGAGAAGUAUGGUGUCGUGAGUCAGCUGAAUUCAGAGCGCUACCUGCAGCUGGAGCGAGCUCAGUCUCUCGCCACGCAGUUCUGGGAGACGUAUGAGGAGAUGUGGCCUUGGCUUCAGGAGACCAUAAGCACCUUCGGCCAGCUACCCCCACCUGCCAUCGAGUACGAGACACUCAGGCAACAGCAAGAGGAGCUCAGGCAAAUGCGAGAGCUGAUUGCCGAGCACAAGCCCCAUAUCGACAAGAUGAAUAAGACGGGCCCUCAGUUACUUGGAAUCAGCCCAGGGGAAGGAGUUCCCAUCAGAGAGAAAUACACAGCCAGUGACCAGCUGUACACCCAACUCAAGGCCGAUGUUAAAGAGAGAGCUGCUACUUUGGAUGAAGCCAUCUCAGAAUCCUCACAGUUUCAUGAUAAAAUCGAGCCCAUGAUGGAGUCCUUGGGACGGAUCGCUGAGCGUCUGCGGCAGCCUCCGUCCAUCUCUGUGGAGGUGGACAAGAUCAGGGAGCAGAUUACUGAAAACAAGGCCGUCUCUGAGGAUUUGGAGAAGGUGCAGCCGUCUUACGAGACGCUGAAGCAGCGAGGCGGAGAGAUGAUAGCACGAUCCGAGGGAGCAGACAAAGACAUAUCUGCCAAAGCUGUUCAAGAUAAACUGGACCAAAUGGUGUUCUUGUGGAGCGACAUCCAGGCCUUGCUGGAGGAACGAGAGGUGAAACUGCUGGACGUGAUGGACUUGGCGGAAAAGUUCUGGUGCGACCACUGUGCUCUCCUCGCCACCAUCAAAGACAGCCAGGACCUGCUGAAGGAGCUGGAGGAGCCCGGGGUCGACCCAUCCGUUGUCAAGCAGCAGCAGGAAUUCGUGGAGGGAUUUAAGGAGGAGAUUGAUGGGUUACAAGAGGAGCUCGAGGUUGUUCAAAAUCAGGGUGCAGAGCUCAUGACAGCCUGUGGUGAACCUGAUAAGCCCGUGAUAAAGAAGAGUCUUGACGAGGUGAAUUCGGCGUGGGAGAACCUCAAUAAGACGUGGAAGGAGAGAGUAGAGGGACUGGACGACGCCAUGCAGGCUGCUGUUCAGUUUCAAGAUGGCCUGCAGGGAAUGUUCGACUGGGUGGAUAUUCUGGAGAACAAACUCGACUCAAUGUCCCCCGUCGGCACAGACCUGGAGACUGUGAAGCAGCAGAUCGUGGAGCUCAAGGAGUACAAAAGAGAAGCGUACCAGCUCCAGAUCGAGAUGGAGCGUCUGAACCACCAGGCCGGGCUCCUGCUGAAGAAGGUGACGGAAGAGUCUGAUCGCAGCGCCAUCCAGGAGCCCAUGUCUGAGCUCAGGAUGCUCUGGAAAAACCUGGAUGAGAAGAUCAUCAGUCGGCAGCAUAAAUUGGAGGGAGGACUUCUGGCUCUGGGCCAGUUCCAGCAUGCGCUGGACGAGCUGCUGUCCUGGAUGAGCCACACCGAGGAGCUGCUCAACGAGCAGAGGAAAUCUGCAGGAGACCCCAAAGCCAUCGAGAUAGAGCUUGCCAAGCAUCACGUUCUCCAGAUAGACGUGUUGGCUCACAAGGCGACAGUGGAGACAGUGAACAAAGCAGGUAAUGAACUGGUGGAGUCAAGUGCCGGAGAGGAAGCUUCCAGUCUGAGGAGCAAACUGGAAAAUCUGAACCAAACGUGGAAAGCCAUCCUGGAGAAAACCGAGCAGAGGAAGCAACAGCUGGAAGCGUCUCUGCUGCAGGCCCAAGGUUUCCAUGGUGAGAUAGAAGAUAUGCAGCAAUGGCUGAAAGACACAGAACGUCAGCUGUUGGCAUCAAAGGCUGUGGGAGGCUUACCAGACACGGCCCGGGAGCAGCUUAACGCCCAUCUGGAGUUGUGUUCUGCCUUUGAGGCCAAGGAGGAGUUGUAUAAAGAACUGCUGAACAAGGGUCGCCAGCUUCUUGCGAUAACGCCCGAGGGCCCAGACAGUAACACGGAGCAGGACCUUGCAAACCUGACCGACAAAUGGGAAACAGUGCGAGCGAAAAUCACUGAAAGAAAGACGAAACUGGAGGAAGCCUUAACGCUGGCCACAGACUUCCACAACUCUCUGCAGGACUUCAUUGUCUGGCUGACACAAGCAGAGCAGACGCUGAACACCGUUUCCCCUGCCUCCCUCAUACUGGAGACCAUCAUGUUCCAGAUUGACGAGCAUAAGAUGUUUGUGACGGAGGUGAACGGCCACAGAGAGCAUAUUAUUGAACUGGACAAGACAGGAACGCAUCUGAAGUACUUCAGCCAGAAGCAGGAUGUGGUGCUGAUCAAGAACCUGCUGCUCAGCGUGCAGGGCCGCUGGGAGAAGCUGGUGCAGAGGUCCGUGGAGCGAGGCCGACUGCUGGACGACGCCAGGAAGAGAGCCAAGCAGUUCCAUGAAAAUUUCAAUAAACUGAUGGAGUGGUUGGAUGAAUCUGAGAAAACUCUGGACUCUGAAGUGGAAAUUGCCAACGAUCCAGACAAGAUCAAGAUGCAGCUGGCACAGCACAAGGAGUUCCAGAAAGCCGUGGGCAGCAAACACUCCGUGUACGACACCACUGCUCGCACGGGCCGGGCCCUGAAGGACAAAACGUCCCUGCAGGACGAUAACCAGAAGCUGGACGACAUGUUGAGUGAACUGAGGGACAAAUGGGACACCGUUUGCGGCAAGUCUGUAGAAAGACAAAACAAGCUGGAGGAGGCCCUGCUGUUCUCCGGACAGUUUACAGACGCUCUCCAGGCCCUCAUUGACUGGCUGUAUAAAGUAGAACCUCAGCUGGCUGAGGAUCAGCCCGUCCAUGGAGACAUAGACCUGGUUCUCAACCUGAUAGACAGCCACAAGGUUUUCCAGAAGGAGCUGGGGAAACGGACAGUGAGCGUUCAGGCUCUCAAGCGUUCGGCGAAGGAGCUGAUCGAGAGCAGCCACGACGACUCGUCCUGGGUCAAAGUGCAGAUGCAGGAGCUGAGCACUCGCUGGGAGACGGUGUGCAACCUCUCGGUCUCCAAGCAGGCCCGGCUGGAGCAGGCCCUGUGCCAGGCCGAGGAAUUCCACUCGACAGUUCAUAUCCUGUUGGACUGGCUGGCUGAAGCCGAGCAGAGUCUGCGUUUCCAUGGCAGCCUGCCGGACGAUGAGGAGGCGUUGCGUGCACUUAUAGAGCAACACAAGGAGUUUAUGAGAAAGCUGGAAGAAAAGCGAGUGGCUCUCAAUAAAGCGACCGGCAUGGGGGAGGCCAUUCUCAGCAUCUGCCAUCCAGACUCCAUCACAACCAUCAAGCACUGGAACACAAUCAUUAAAGCCCGGUUUGAAGAGGUGCAGGCUUGGGCGAGGCAGCACCAACAGCGGCUGGCCGCUGCCCUCAGUGAGCUGUUAGAUACUCAGGAGCUGCUGGAGAAUCUUCUGACCUGGUUGCAGUGGGCAGAGACCAACCUCGACGAUAAGGACAAGGAGUUACUGCCUCAGGAGAUCGAGGAGAUCAAAAACCUAAUCGCAGAACAUCAGGCGUUUAUGGAGGAAAUGACCAGGAAGCAACCAGAUGUUGACAAAAUCACCAAAACACACAAAAGGAAGGCUGUAGAACCUCAGAUCCAGUCCCACAUCCCUGUGCUGGACAAAGGAAGAACUGGAAGAAAACGCUCUCCCACACAAACGAUGUACGCGUCAUCGACCCAAGCUCCCAUCGAGACCAAGAACCCGCGCGUGAACCUGCUGGUCACCAAGUGGCAGCACGUGUGGCUGCUGGCUCUGGACAGGAGGAGGAAGCUCAACGACGCCUUGGACAGACUGGAGGAGUUGAAGGAAUUUGCCAACUUUGACUUUGACGUGUGGCGGAAGCGCUACAUGCGCUGGAUGAAUCACAAAAAGUCUCGCGUCAUGGACUUCUUCCGCCGCAUUGACAAAGAUCAAGAUGGCAAGGUGACCCGUCAGGAGUUCAUAGAGGGAAUCCUCUCCUCCAAAUUCCCGACCAGUCGGCUGGAGAUGAGCGCUGUGGCGGACAUAUUCGACAGAGAUGGUGACGGCUACAUUGACUACUACGAGUUUGUGGCAGCUCUCCAUCCCAACAAAGAUGCUUAUAAACCAUUAACAGAUGCUGACAAGAUUGAAGAUGAGGUCACACGUCAAGUAGCAAAAUGUAAAUGUCCAAAACGAUUCCAAGUGGAGCAAAUUGGAGCAAACAAAUACAGGUUCUACCUUGGAAACCAGUUUGGAGACUCUCAGCAGCUCCGGCUCGUGCGAAUUUUGCGCAGCACGGUGAUGGUGCGGGUGGGAGGAGGCUGGAUGGCUCUGGAUGAGUUCUUGGUGAAGAACGACCCCUGUCGAGUUCAUCACCACGGGAGCAAAAUGUUGCGCUCGGAGUCAAACUCUUCAAUUACUCAGUCUCCUAUAGCGAAAGGCAGGACCAACGUCGAGCUUCGAGAGAAGUUCAUCCUCCCAGAAGGCACCACGCAGGUGAUGGCAAGUUUCCGCUACAGAGGUCGUAGGUCUCGGCCGUCGUCCAGAGGAGCCUCGCCCAACAGAUCCACCUCCAGUCAGAGCUGCAUGCACCCGUCAAACCUGACGGCGACCAGCACGCCCAAGACUCCACAACACAUAACCCGAAAUUAUGAUAAGCCAUGGCUUACAAACAGCAAACCCUCCACUCCUCUUAAAUCAUCAGACUCCUUUGAGAGCCAGGGUUCAUCCUCAGAGAGCACAACAGUACACGGCAGCAAACUGCGUCUUCCUGGCUAUUUAUCUGGCAAAGGAUUUCAGUCAGGUGAAGAGGGAACCUUGAUCAACAAUGCUGUUCUGAAAGCUCGAGCGCAGGCGAUGGGUGAAACGAGGAGAAACUCCAGCCGGCCGGGGAGUAAAGCCGGAAGCAGAGGGAGCAGUCGCAGGGGAAGUGACGCCUCUGAUUUCGACAUCUCAGACAUCCAGUCUGUGUGCUCAGACGUGUCUGAGAGCGUCGGCGAGACCACUCGAGCGACGCCGCGCUCGGCUUCCCGCCAACAAGGAGGCAAACCCUCCAAGAUCCCCACCCCUCAGAGAAGAACCACUCCCACGAGCAAACUGGCUAAGGGAUCCAAGCGAUAGUCAGUGGCCUUGAGAACAAACAACUCACAAUCUAGUUGCACCCAAAACACAAAAAGGACACUGGAGACGUCUAAUUUAAGAAACUGCAAAUGUGUUGAGUGUUAUUUAAAUUGUUGCUAAGAUGUAAAUUAUUCUGGUAAGAGGCAAUAUGGUUUAAUAUUAUGUGAGAAUGGAACGUCAAUGGCCUUGUGUAUUUGUUUUUAAUGUAUUUAGUUUUUUGUGAAAAUGUCAAAUUGUUUUUUAUUGUUCUUUAUUUUAUUUAUGCAAAUCCUGUAGAGGUUUGAACACUAGAAAAUCUGGGAAUAACCGUACUGAAAGGUUGACUGACAUUUCCUCACACCAAUGAAGGGCAAAGCGCAGCACCCCGCUCUGAGAGUUACUGAAUGUACUGUGAUUUAUGUAUGCUGAUGUUUGGAGUAGAUGGCCCAUUAAAGUACCGUUUGAGACACUGCAAUUAUAUAUUUAAGUGCUAUGUUAUACUGCCAACCUGCAACUUAAGUGCAAUGCAAUAUGCUACAAUAAACCCCAGUAAGCACUGCAGAAACCUUCAAAGAUCCCUAUUAAAACAGCCGUAGCAGAAACCUCAUAACUAUGAUGCUUUCAAGUCCUGUUUGUUUGUCGGCCGCUGCAGCUCCUCUUUUGCUCCUCCCUUUCACAGCAGUGCGUGCAUUGAAGAGAGGUGCCACUCCACGUAGCCAUUCUGUGUGUAUCCAUGUCAGUGUAUGGUUAAUUUCGGUGAAGCUGAAAUUGUUACUGUAAUAUUACUUUGUAAUAAACCUGCUUGCAGAAAGCCACCAGAGCCUGGUGG